UCCUCGAGGGUACAGUCGUUUCGUUGGAGAAAAGCAAAAAGAACUUUUAAAAGAAAGACUGAAAGUUAACUGAUGCACACAAGAAAUUGACUAGAUGGAUGGAGACAGAAAGGAUUCAGAGGACCAAAAUAAGAAUAAAGAGUUGAAGAACAGUGAAGAGGGUCAGAGUAAUAUUGAUAAAGCCAAAAAAGCCAGAGAGGAAAACAGAACAGCAGAAGCAUUAGAGCUAUAUAAAAAGGAGAUACAACAUUUGAUUCAGGAAAUCAAAGAUGAAUCCAUGGUAGCAGAGGUAAAGAAUAAAUUAAAACGACAGUGUUCCAUUUAUUUAUCUGAGGCUGAGACCUUGCAGAAAGAACUGAAAGAGAAAGAUGGAGGUGGAGAAAAUGAUGAGAAUGAUGAAGAUGUAGCUUGUGAAGAAUCGGAGGACCAUCGAGUAGAAAGAUUAGUCAAUGAUAUGAGUGAGUCUGAGACCCCUGAUAUAACUUUGGAAGAUGUAUGUGGUUGUCAGGAUGUUAAAGAUCAGCUUAAAGAAAGUAUAAUUAUGCCAAUCAAGUUCCCUCAGCUUUCAAGGUUUGAAUAG